AAGCCGACAGCUGCUGUCCCCUACCUCAACGAAAAGGGAAAGCUCCGCCUCUGAGUAGUCCAGAAGCCACCGUUGCCGACACCGUGAUUCUCCAAAACCGGUCAACACUUCCGUAACCGGUACAGGAUGGACGCAUCAAAAUUGAACGAGUUCAAAAAGUUCAUCGAUCAGUGCAAAUCCAAUCCCUCUAUACUCAGUGAUCCAUCCCUCUCCUUCUUUCGUGACUAUCUUGAAAGUCUCGGAGCUAAGCUCCCUCCCUCUGCUUACAACCAUGGCGACUCCAAAUCCAAAGUGAUGGAGGAGAGCGAUGAGGCGAUGGCGGAUACUGAAGAAGCGAAAGUGAAGUUUGAGGAAGAAGAGGAAGAUGAGAUAAUUGAAUCGGAUGUUGAGCUCGAAGGUGAGACUGUGGAGCCUGAUGAUGAUCCUCCUCAGAAGAUGGGAGAUCCUAGUGUUGAGGUAACAGAUGAGAGCCGCGAAGCUUCUCAAGCAGCUAAGGCCAAAGCCAUGGAGGUUCUUUCUGAGGGGAAGUUGGAGGAAGCUGUUGAGCAUCUGACCGAGGCCAUCUCGCUGAAUCCAACUUCAGCAAUUAUGUAUGGAACAAGAGCUAGUGUUUACAUCAAGAUGAAGAAGCCCAAUGCUGCUAUUCGAGAUGCCAACGCUGCUUUAGAGAUUAACCCAGAUUCAGCAAAGGGUUACAAGUCUCGUGGUAUUGCACGAGCAAUGCUUGGUCUGUGGGAAGAGGCUGCAAAGGAUCUACAUCUGGCAUCGAAGUUAGAUUAUGAUGAGGAGAUCAGCAGUGUACUUAAGAAGGUUGAACCCAAUGCACACCGCCUUGAGGAACACUGUAGGAAGUAUGAAAGGUUGCGAAAAGAGAGAGAGGAGAGAAAGAUUGAGCGUGAACGACAGCGUCGCCGAGCUGAAGCUCAAGCCGCAUAUGAGAAGGCUAAGAAGCAAGAGCAAUCAUCCACCAGUAGAAAACCUGGAGGCAUGCCUGGUGGGUUUCCGGGUGGAAUGCCUGGAGGCUUCCCAGGAGGUAUGCCUGGAGGUUUCCCUGGUAGCAUGCCUGGUGGAAUGCCUGGCAAUGUUGAUUACAGCAAAAUAUUGAACGACCCUGAAUUGAUGGCAGCAUUUAGUGAUCCAGAAGUUAUGGCUGCUCUUCAAGAUGUAAUGACUAACCCUGCUAAUCUUGCAAAGCAUCAAGCAAAUCCGAAGGUGGCUCCUGUCAUUGCAAAGAUGAUGAGCAAAUUUCCAGGGCCAAAAUAAAUAGCUUUUCUUUUCAAAUCAAUUGGACAUCCCAUUGACCUUUUAAUACUUGUUUUCAAGGUGUCACAGCUUAAGCAAAUUAUGUUUCAAAACUUACUUUGAUUUUCAUUAACAUUGUACAUGGUCAGUGUUGAAGGUCUUGUAAACAGGAAAGAAGCUGUAAGGAUUGUGGGCCGCCUUUGAGUUCUUAUCCAUCUACGUGCCCAUGUUUAUUGUUUCU